AUGCUACUACGAGGCUGUCAGGUAGGAUCACGUUUGAAACCAGCUCAUAAGAAGCUUCUUAUUCCAGCCCGACACUAUUCUAUCGAUCAUAAUGCAAUUAUCAAUACUUUCACAUACACCUUUGAGGGUUUACAUGAAGCCAGUGGUUUACCAUGGUGGGCACUAAUUCCAAUCACCACGUUUGCCUUGAGAUCUGUUUGGACGCUACCACUAGCUAUAAUACAGCGUAAGAGAAUUCAGAAACAGAGCACAUUGAAACCAAUAGUGAGUGCACUCAAUCCCAUUUUGAAGAUGAAUCUAGCGAAACGAGUUCAAAAAGCAAAAGGAUUGCAACAAUUACCAGACACUGAUGAGUCAGUUAAAGCUGCUCAAGCUCCAUUAGCCAAUAUGUCCUAUGAGCAGAUUUUGCUUCUCACUACAAAGGAAACACGUAAGCGUCAGAAGGAGCUUUUCAAAAAACAUAAUGUUCAAAUAUGGAAAAACUUUAUCUUACCUACAUUUCAAAUCCCACUCUGGAUUAUGAUGUCAUUAACGAUGAGAGACUUGAGUGGAUGGUCAUCAUGGGAUAACUUACACAACAAAGCAUUGGACCCUUCAUUGUAUGUAGAAGGCUGUUUGUGGUUUCAAGAUUUAGCAGUUGCCGAUCCAAUGCACGUUUUCCCCUUGAUAUUGGGAGUCAUUUCACUUUGCAAUGUUGAGUGGACUUUUAGAACUCUAGAGUUGUCACGGUUGACACAGAGAUUGAAGUAUCGACCCAAUUUGACUGAUGCAGUGGCAAACUUUUCCAGAAUGUCUAUUGUGUUUAUGAUGGCUAUUUCAAUACACGCACCAGCUGCGUUGGUGUUGUACUGGAUAUCGUCGCAGUUUUUUUCAUUGAUUCAAAAUAUAGUAUUGGAUAUUAAGUACCCCAUCUCAUUCACUCCGAAGAAACGCUUUGGUGGGGAUAUAUUGGAAUAA